GCGGUGGAUGAGGCUAGUGUGAAACAAGCCUCGUCAGUACCAAGGAGCAGCGCCUCUGCCGAGAACCGCAAGCGCGAGGAAGUCAAGGAAGACACGACGGUAGCAAAGCAGAGAACCUUAAGCGACAACUUGAAGAGAUGAGACAUAUUCGUUUUGACCUGGCAACCCUACGAGGUACAGUAAAUGGACUGAAAUCACCGGCCUCAAGACAGUUUAUCUCUCCACGGGCGAUGCAGCGGGUCGAUCACCGUACUCCAGCAAAGAGGACGCCGGUGAAGACUGCACCAGGCCCAAGCGGAGGGAAGAAAGCGAAGCUAAGACAAAGCGAAGCUCGCCAGAGGAUCGUGCGAUCAACUGCCAGGCGAAGGAUCCUAGAAGGAAAGCAGAUCUCGGAGAAUAUGCUGCAGAGUUUGCAGAUGGGGGAUCUCAAGAAGUUGUGCACAAAACACAAUAUCAAGUAUAAGGGCAUGUUGCAGGCACGCGUCGCCCUUAGAAAGAUUAUUAGGGUGAUCGUCAUGGUUACGGAGGAUAUGGUGGACCCUGAAGAAAACGGGGAGGAGGCGCAGACGAAGUAUCGGCAAGGGGACCACGGGAUUAGCGAAUCCAUGGUUGAGGACGCAGAGGAAGGAGAAGUGAGCGAGUCAUCAGAAGAUCCGGAUGAGGAAGACGAGGAGAAUGACGUGGAACCGUCGGCGAACUAGCGGCCGACUGGUCCUUCGGCUACAGGCCUCCCAACUGGGAUACAGUGGAGCUUGGCACGGAGAUGCAACCUGAU